GCAGAAGCCAGGAGUGGCGCCUGGGGCUGGGAGUCUGGGGUUCUCGGGUUGAGGCUGUUCUGCAGCGUGAAUUCUGCCGCUCACUUCGGGUCCCCGGCUUUGCUCGGGUCGGGCACCGGGAUCCGUCAUGAACCGAUGCGCCGAGGCCGCAGCGGUGGCGGCUACUGUGCCGGGUUCGGGCGUCGGGGACGCCGGGCUACGACCACCCAUGGUACCCCGCCAGGCGUCCUUCUUCCCGCCGCCGGUGCCCAACCCCUUCGUCCAGCAGACGAGAAUCAGUGCGGCCCGACGGCUGCAGAUGAUUCUUCUUGGAAUUAUUCUGCUUCCAGUCCGAGCUCUACUGGUUGGAUUAAUUUUGCUACUGGCAUGGCCAUUUGCUGUAAUUUCAACAGCAUGCUGCCCUGAAAAGCUGACCCAUCCAAUAAGCGAUUGGAGGAGGAAGAUCACUCAGCCUGCCUUGAAGUUCCUGGGCCGUGCCAUGUUCUUCUCAAUGGGGUUUACGGUUACCGUGAAAGGAAAGGUUGCAAGCCCCCUGGAAGCCCCCAUUUUUGUCGUUGCUCCUCAUUCCACGUUCUUCGACGGGAUUGCCUGUGUAGUAGCUGGGCUGCCUUCUCUGGUGUCACGGAACGAGAAUGCACAGACCCCUCUGGCUGGCAGGUUGUUACGGGCUUUGCAGCCAGUUUUGGUAUCCCGCCUUGACCCGGAUUCCAGAAAAAAUACAAUCAAUGAAAUAAAAAGGAGAGCGACUUCUGGGGGGGAGUGGCCCCAGAUACUAGUUUUCCCAGAAGGUACUUGUACUAAUCGCUCCUGUUUGAUUACUUUUAAACCAGGAGCCUUCAUCCCAGGAGUUCCAGUGCAGCCCGUCCUCCUCAGAUAUCCGAACAAGCUGGAUACUGUGACCUGGACAUGGCAAGGAUAUACAUUCAUCCAGCUGUGUGUGCUCACCUUCUGCCAACUCUUCACGAAGGUGGAAAUUGAGUUUAUGCCUGUUCAAGCACCAAGCGAGGAAGAAAAGAAUGAUCCUGUCCUUUUUGCCAGUAGAGUCCGGAAUUUAAUGGCAGAAGCUUUGAAAAUACCAGUAACGGAUCACACGUAUGAAGACUGCAGGCUGAUGAUCUCAGCAGGGCAGCUCACGUUGCCUAUGGAGGCCGGGCUGGUAGAAUUCACCAAGAUUAGCCGGAAACUGAAAUUAGACUGGGAUGGCAUCCGGAAGCACUUGGAUGAAUAUGCAUCUAUUGCAAGCUCCUCCAAGGGGGGCAGAAUCGGAAUCGAGGAGUUUGCAGAAUACUUGAAGCUACCUGUGUCUGAUGUCCUGAGACAACUUUUUGCACUCUUUGACAGGAAUAAUGAUGGCAGUAUUGACUUCCGAGAGUAUGUGAUCGGCCUGGCUGUCUUGUGCAACCCUGCCAAUACAGAAGAGAUCAUUCAGGUGGCAUUUAAGCUCUUUGAUGUUGAUGAGGAUGGCUACAUAACAGAGGAGGAGUUUUGCACCAUUCUGCAGGCUUCUCUUGGAGUGCCCGACCUUAAUGUUUCUGGUCUCUUCAGAGAAAUUGCUCAAGGGGACUCUGUUUCCUAUGAGGAAUUCAAAAGUUUCGCCCUAAAGCACCCAGAAUAUGCCAAGAUAUUUACAACGUACUUAGACCUCCAGACAUGCCAUGUAUUUUCAUUGCCUGAAGAAGUCCAGACAGCUCCCUCUGUUGCUAGUAAUAAAGUCAGUCCUGAGAGCCAAGAGGAGGGCACAUCAGACAAAAAGGUUGACUGAGCCAAUGUUCCCAGUGAGGGAAGGCGACACGGGAAAGGUGUUGACCACGCUGCGAAUGUGCUUGUCAGUUAAUGUUGUUCACAAUAGAAAGCUUUUUUACUAAAAUGACAUAUUUUCUUCCUAAAAUGUUUUUUAUUAACCUGCCUGUAUCAAGUAAGUUCCUUUUGUCUUAAUACAUCGUACUCUACUGGUUGUCUUGACUGAUGAUAAGUGCUGUAUAUUUUUGAUGAAUUUUUCAGUUUAAUUUUCAUAAUAAAUAAAUCCAUCGGUCUUACUCUGUA